UCCUGGCUCCGCCGCUGCAGCGUCACCGGCCCCGCCGCCCCCGCACCGCCCGCGCCCGCGCCGCCCCGCACCUUGCCAUGGUGCCCCGGAGGCGCUGAAGGAUGGCGACGCCCAUGCCGCCGCCCUGGCCGCCGCUCCUGCGGCUGCUGCUCCCGGGCUUGGUCCUCGGCGCCGCCCUGCGCGGGUCCGCCGCUGCCGCCGGCCUCCCGGAUGGUUCCACCUGUCCCAGGAGCCUGGACUGUGCCCUGCAGCGGCGGGCACGGUGCCCUCCUGGUGCCCACAUGUGCGGGCCAUGCCUCGACCCCUUCCAGGAGGAUGGGCAUGGGGUCUGCGUGCCCAGGCCUCACUGGCCACCGGGGGACGUCCCCCCGCAGCAGCACCUGGAGGAUGAGAUCGACUUCCUGGCCCAGAAGCUGGCUCUGCAGGAGGACAGACACCCCCAGCCCGCUGCCACCCUGGGGCUGUCAAAGCCCAGCCUGCCCCCCACUCGGGGGACCCCUGCACCCACAUCCCAUAGUUCCCAGGGCCCCAGCAAGGCUUCAGGACCAGUGCACAUGGCCCCCCUACGGCCGGGGGACCACCAUGGCCUUGGCUUGGUCCUAGUGCUCAUCCUGGCCUGCUCCGUGGCAGGUGCUGCUGUCUUGGCCGUGGCCGCGCUCUGCUGGUGCCGGCUGCAGAGAGAGCUCCGCCUGACGCAGAAAGUGGACUACGUGGUUCCCCUGGCCCCCGGUGGCCCCACUGCCCCCAGCGCCUCGCCCGGGGACCAGCGGCUGGCACGCAAUGCCGAGAUGUACCACUACCAGCACCAGAGGCAGCAGCUGCGGUGCCUGCAGCGGCACAAAGAACCGCCCAGGGAGCCUGGGGCAGCCUCCUCGGACGAGGAAAACGAAGACGGGGACUUCACAGUCUACGAGUGCCCAGGCCUGGCCCCGACAGGAGAGAUGGAAGUGCGGAAUCCGCUGUUCGACCACGCUUCGCUGUCCGCGCCCCUGCCAGGCUCAACGCAGUGACCAAGGUCCCAACCACUGGGCAAGAAGAGGCUGCAGUUUGGGGGGGGGCUCCCUCCCAUGCCUAGGACCCCUGCUGAGAGACCCCUGCUACUUCCUCCUGGUGCCUGUCUUCCAGCGGAUGCACCCCCAAAAUCUGGAGCUGGGGUGGCUGGAGAAUGGGAACAGGUGGGGGACCGAGACCAGCCAAUUAAAAUACAUUUCAAACCUGGA